UACAGGGGAUUAGUUUGAGGAAAAUCACGUUAACGUGGCUGGAAAACUGGAACUAAUGGAGAAAAACCAGUCAUGUGAUGGCAAUUUGACUGCUAUCUUUAGGAGGGAGGCCAACAAAACCGGUGAAGAUUUGCCCGAACUCGGCUUAGAUUACAGCGUGCCUUUGACAGUGAUAGGCUUCGCUGUUUUGGUUUCAAACGGGCUUGUUUGUAUACUUUUCUGUCGGUUCCGUGCCCUCCGAACGAUAACAAAUACUUUUAUUGUCAGCCUGGCGAUAAGCGAUCUUAUGGUGGCCACAGUUUUCAUCCCGACUUAUCUAGCUGGUCUGGCAGUCAAUCCCUAUAUUAUUGCCUACAUUCUGUUUGCAUAUCUGUUUAAUUUCUGUGGCAUUACUUGGGACAGGUACCAAGCCGUUCUUAAUCCUCUCAUGUACAGGUCAGUGGUAACACGCGCGAUCGUCUACAAAAUCUUGGCCCUGGUGUGGACUAUACCCCUCUUAUUAGCGAUCAUACCAAUCUUCUGGGAGUAUCGGAACGGUGUUAAAUUACUGGCCGGUCGUAUUUACCAAGGAAUCUUGGUUGCUCUGGUCACUCUGUGUUCAGGGUCUAUCUGCUGGGCAUAUGGAAAGAUUUUUGGUGCCACGCGACGUCAAGUAAAACAAAUGAUUGAAAUGCACGAAACAAACGCACGAUUUGAACACAGUGUUCUCCCAGACAGACAAUCAGGGCGAUCAAUGAGAAAGAGGCGGUCAAUUACCAUUUCCAACGAAGUGAAAGCGGCCAAAGUUUUUGCUCUUGUAGGAGGAACCUUUGCAGUAUGCUGGCUUCCUUUGAUAAUUAUUAAUGUGUUUUCCGCACUAGAUUAUUCCCACAUAAUUCCGAAUGUAUUUCUUGAUGUCUCCCUUUAUUCACUGGUAGGAAACGCUUUAGCCGACCCUCUAAUUUAUUCAUUUUACAAGUCGGACUAUAGGCGAGCCUUUAAGCGAUUUUUUUGUGGUAAAAAACCAGAUCAUGAUAAAUUUGGGAAUUCAAUCACCACAAGGAAUUCUGUGCUGACAGAAGAAAACAGUGAGAAAAUGGACGAAAAUCUUAUCUAA